CAGCACAGCACAACAGGCGGCAGCCGGCAAGCAGGCAGGCAGGCAGCCACGGCCGCAGUAGUGCGGUGUUGGUCGCCCGGCGUGGUUCUCCGAGUGCGUUCUCCCGCGAGCGAGCGGUCGUUGUGCCGCUGCGUCGAAGUGAUCGUCGCGUCUCCAGCAGACAGCUGCACCGAGGGCCCGGCCGUCUGUGCUGCUGGUCCUUACUCGCCCUGCCCUGUUGCGUCACUCUUCAGCCUUAGGACAGUAGGACAGCCAAUCAGGGAACGCCUAUCGACGGCAUAGGUCAUGAUGCGCCGCGCCAUGGACGGGGGACGCGUCAUCGACGCCAACAGUGACUGGACUCGCGUCACCAACAAACGGAAGGAGCGGCGCAACAGUGCCCGGAAGCAGUCAGGUGGUUCCGUCUCUACCGUCGCUGGGCCUUCUAAACCCAAUCUGCCUCCCAAGCCUCAGUCCAGUGUGGUGAAACGAAGGUGGACUAAAAUGCAACCGCCAUCAAUUCCUAAGUCCACCUCUAUUCUGAGGCACCAAAAUGUCUUGCUUUUGAACCAAUGGUCUGGAAGGAUUCGAAACCUGGCGCAAAGCAGUUCAAGGGAGAUAAUCCAGUUCCUCUGCUCGUAUUGGAAAACAUCCCAGAAUCUGAUGCAGGUGGGGAGAUUCCACAGCGAAACGGCGUCCGUUGUCGAGGCCAUGGCGGUUCUUUCUGAGUGUGAUCAAUUCCCCGAUGUUGAGUUUGUUAUCCUCCGUGUCCUGCUGCACGUUCAUUGGAAAGACCUACCAGCAAGCUGCCAGGGUGUCUCAUACUUCUCAGCUCUUUGCCGGAUUUUUUCUUCAUUUCUUGAGCGCGGGUCUCCAGAAGCAGCUAUGUGGAUUCAUGGACGUCGUUGGGUUCUGACAGCGAUUGGCGAGGCCUUUAAGUAUUUGGUAGACAAAGGAAAGGAGGCGGAAUCAGUACUUGGAAAGCUUCAGAAGAUUGACGAAGAAUUCUCACUGCGCAAACGGCUACUGGAUGAGGAUAGCAAGACCCCAACCAUAAACAAAGCGAGGGAAUGUCCUGAAGAUUUCAAAGUUUCCUCUGCAAGGUGCAAGAAGUUUGAACCGACGUCUAUUAAGACCAGGGGCUUUGCUGAUAGCAACAACAAUAUUGCUGCCACACACGUGCGUCAUGGGAACACGGACGUGACUGCAUGGCAGACAGUGGGACGUAAGAAAGGUGUUGUUUCUAACCGCCAACAAUCUUACGAUUUCCAAAUGGAACUCUGCGCCCCUCCUUUAGCGCGGACGCCGAGGGCAAACAAGCAAUCUCAUGCCACUGCGUCUGCCCCGGGGUGGUCAAAGGUUGCUGGGGCUCACAAGGAGUUACUCACCAGGCUUGGUAGAAAUUGGAGUCCUGUUGACUUGCCGUCUUACUUAAAGGACACUAUGGAGCUGAUCCCGAGGCUGCGUGGCACCAAUAUAAAACUGGACAGCUUUGUAUCCGACGUGUGCAAGACGCCACUUGUGGAUAAUCUACGGGAUUUCCUAGUGAUUCAAGAAGAAGCUGGAAUUGCAUCCACGACAUUCCGCCACAUCUCUAGCUUUUGUGCUGCUGUUUUAAAAGCUUGCCCGAACAUAUUCUACGAACAUUUUGAGGGCAUUGUUGAUUCAGCCCUUCAAGCUGCAGAUACAUUUAGUCAAGAUAUUCACAUUCAACAUGCGAAGAAGCAAAUACUUGAAUUGCAUGGAAUGUUCGUUCACACAACUUAUGUGUCAGAUGUGCCUCAGGAGAGCUUUCGGGACAUGUUUGUCGUGCCAACCCAGGAAGAUUUCCAAACCAGGAAGGUUUAUUUGCGACCUAACGUUGUAAGUGGCCCGUUUGUCAGUGAAGAACAUUAUUUAGAUGUGCAUUUCCGCUUACUGCGAGAGGAUUUUCUGAAGCCUUUGCGUGACGGUCUGGCAGAAGUCAGAGGCCGCAUCAAAGUUUUCGACAGGAGUGAGGAAAACAGAUUCAAUGCCAUGAGAAUUUACAAGAAUGUGACCUUUGAGAAAAACAAGGAGCGUUGGCUCCCUGGAAGUCUCAUAAUGUACUUUGAUCCGAACAGAUCACUGAACAUAGAUUGGCGCGUUUCAAAACGGUUCAUGCUAGGGGCCCUGCUCGUCAUCUCGAACGACAACUUCACAACCCUGCACCUGGCGCGGGUAACAAGACGAGACUGGGAAUGUCUCUCUGCCGGCUGGCUGGUCAUCGAGCCACUCUGGUCAGAGGUAUCCGCAAAGAAACUGUGCCUGGGCUCCUUUGUGGUGGGCGAGAGCAUGGUGUUCUUCGAGCCUUACCUGCACGUUCUCAAUGCUCUCCAAAACAUCAACCCAGACGAAUUUCCCCUGGCACGGUACAUAGUUCACGCAGACCCGACUGAAGAGCUGCCAGAUUACCUUCAAGUAGAGAGCAAUAGGAAGUACUGCAUUCCUCUGCUUGGAGGUGAGGUUGUUCAACGAGACAUUGUGAACGGUGAAUGGCCCACUGCAGCAGCAAUGGGCUUGAACGAGUCUCAGCACGAAGCUCUCACCCGUGCUCUCACGCAAAAAGUGAUGCUAGUGCAGGGCCCGCCCGGCACGGGGAAGACUUUCCUGGGUCUACGGAUUGUGAGCACGCUGCUCACGAACCCUCAGGCAUGGAGAGGCAGUGAUGAUUCAGCGUGCCCCAUAUUAAUAGUCUGCUUAACCAACCACGCGCUGGACCAGUUUCUGUUCGGCCUUCUCGCCACCACGAAGAAAAUCGUGCGCCUCGGAGGCCGGUGCAAAGACGAACGGCUCACUGAAUACAUGCUGAAAAGGAAUGAAAAUGAGCUGAGUCCGGACCUGAAGCGACGCAUGUGGGAACGGAGACAACAACUGCAACAGGCCGAGUACGAACUUGACUGCAUCCAACGGGCCAGGCGGGAACUGGACAACAACAUUGGCAUUGUGAGCUGGGAAAGCUUCCAGACUUACCAAGUAGUCACUGACGUCUCCAAUGUGCCAGAUGGCUUCAGUAUCGUAAGGUGGCUCGAGAAGGGGAUUCAACAUUCUGCGCUGAGUGACGAUGACAUUCAGUUCAUCAGGCAAAAUCCCAAGUGGGGAAGCGAAAUCUUUUCCUUUGAAGACACGUUCAGCCAAAUGGAGAGCGCAAUAGAGGAGCUGCAACAAUUCAUUGGUGAAGGGCGACUGGAGUACAAAAGUACCCUUGAGUAUUACAUCGCGAAGCUGGAAUAUCUGAAGCAGGUUGUUUCCAAUGGCCUCCCUCCAGGAUUUGCAGCACAAGCAGGAAAUGUACUGGACCUGGAUGCAGAUCAACGUUCCGAGCUCUAUCUAUUUUGGGUGUCUCAACUUAAACAAGCUUUAGGUACUGCGGAGCGGUGCGCAGCGAAGUAUAUAAGUGAUUGUAAAGCUCGUAUGAAGCAAGUUAAAAUGCUUAAGGACAAAGAGUUGAUUGCCAGCAAUUUGGUCGUCGGGAUGACCACUACCAAGGCGGCACAAAUUCAACCGCUGCUCCAGGAGCUAAAGCCCAGAAUAGUUGUCGUUGAGGAAGCCGCAGAAGUCUUGGAGUCACACAUCAUCGCUGCAUUGACUCCAGCUGUGCAGCAUCUCAUACUUUUGGGGGACCACAAACAAUUGAGACCCAGUCCCUCGGACCAUGAGGUGGGGAAAGACUUCAAGCUGGAGGUAUCCCUGUUCGAAAGGCUGUCAAACAACAACAUGCCCUGCAAGGCGCUCAAUGUCCAACAUAGGAUGCAGCCCAAUAUCGCGAAACUCAUUGAGUUCAUUUACCCCGGCCUUGAGAACCACGGCUCUGUGCUCAGAUAUCCUGCCGUCCGUGGGCUGAAGAACAGUGUGUUCUUCGUGGAUCAUCAAGAGCCCGACCGAUACAUGGAUGAACUGAUAAGUCACUGCAAUCCGCACGAGGCACGGUUCAUCGCGGCCCUCGUAACCUACCUCCUUCUCCAGGGAUACGACGAGAAGCAGAUUACAAUUCUCUCGGCAUACGCUGGUCAGCUCAUGUACUUCAGGGGGCUUGAGUCCGACUUCCCAGAUUUGCGCAAGGUGCGUGUCUGUAACAUCGACAACUUUCAGGGCGAAGAAAGUGACAUAAUUUUACUGUCACUUGUAAGGAGCAACCCACAAAACAAUAUUGGGUUCCUCAAGACUGAAAACAGAGUGUGCGUAGCGCUCUCAAGAGCCAAGCAUGGUGCUGACUGCGAAGAGUGAGACUUGGCGCAAAGUCCGGAGCAACCUGCAGUCGCAGGAGGCCGUCGGCCCCGCUCUGACGCUACAGUGUAUCAAGCACCCCGGACAGUCCCUGAAAGUGAGGAGUGACGCUGACUUCAAGCGCUGGACUUUGGGAGGCUGUGAGACG